AUGAAUAAAGUGAGGCGUGUUAUAAAGGGUUUGGCACUAAUGUUGAAUCAUUUCAAGAAAAAUUAAAAAGCAAAUAAGAUGGAGAGGUUUCGAAGACACGUUAUAAAUGAGAUUUUAUUUACAGAGUUGAACUAUAUCAAUGAUUUAGGUGUAUUAGAGGAAGUAAGUAUAACUGAUAGCAUACUUAGCUUAGAGAAACCUUAAGGAAUGAAUUAACAAUAAAGAGUGACGAAUAAUACAUUAAUAAAAUAUUUAUGAAUGUUUCUGAUAUAAGAUAGGAGAAUUAAAAGUUUUAUGAUUAGAUUAAGAGUAAAACUGUAAAUUUAAAUGCAAAUUCCGUAAUAUUCAAUAAUGUUGAUGUCUAAGGUUUUGAGACAUAUUAUAGCUAUUGUAGGAAUUAUAAUGAAUCAUUGAAAGCUUUAAAAUAGUUAUUAUAAAAGCAACCUUAAUUAGAGUAUAGUUUGAAGAAUAGAUAAAAUAUGAGAGGAUUGUAAAUAGUGGAUUUUCUGGUAAAGCCUGUACAGAGAUUACCAAAGUACAUUUUGUUUUGGAAAGAACUCAAGAAAGGUACUAGGAAUAAUCAUCCUGAUAUGGAAAAUAUAUUGGGUUUACAAUAAGAAUUUGAGAGACUUAAUGAAGAAAAUAAUAAAUCUAUGGAUAAAUUCAUGAAUAGGGCUAGAGUGAUGGAAUUAAGUAAGGAAUAUGAAGAUGAUAGCAUUUAUUAAGAAAAUGAGGAUAGAUUGAUUAUUUAUGAAGAUAUUGCAAGUAUUAUUAAGGAAGGAAAGGAAUUGAAUGUUAUAUUUUACAUUUUUACAGAUAUUGUAUUGAUAGGGUAUUAAGAAUAAGAGAGUAAAACUAAGAAAGCUAUGAAAUUCAAAUUGGAUUCUUAGACAAUAGUUAAAGAUUAAUUGGAUACUAAAUAUUUUACAAAUUUAUUUAGUAUAGUAAUUUAAGAGAAUGUGAUAUAAUUUACUGCUUAGAAUAAAGAAAUAAAAGAGAAAUCAAUAAAAUAAAUAUAAAAGAUUAUAAAUUAUAUUAAAGAGAGAUCAUAAUUAUAAGAUAUAGAUCCAAUAACAGUAAAAGUAGUUGGAACAGAAGAGAGAUUCAGUUAUAGUAUUAAUAAAUAUACAAUUUACAUUGUAGAAAUAGAGAUAGAUAGAAUUGUAUUAAAAAUAUACAUUCGAUUUUCAAGAGCAUUGGAAUUAUUGAAUAUAUUUAAAUAGAGAUAUCCUGAUGGAACAUUUGAAGAUAUAUCUUCUUAUCAUUGGCUUAAUAAUCAUUCAACAAAAGUAAUUGAGGAAAGAAUGAUAGCUAUUGAAAAGAUGAUAUAAUAAGUAUUGAUUCUAAAUUAAAAAUAACCAGAGAAAUUAUAACCUAAUGAACAAUCCAUUCUAUCCUUAUUAAGUUUACCAGAUAAUUUCUAUGAAUUACCAAAAUUAAAUAAAAAAGUUGAUAUUGAAAUCAAGAGGUAAUUCAAAAGUUAUUUAAAAAAACCUGAAUAAAAGGUUUAAUAAGGAGUUUCUGAUAUUUUAGAUGCUUAUUUUUCAGCUAGAAAUAGUUAAAUUAGAGUAUCAACAAUAUAAGAGACUAAUGUUGCUGUAGUUACUGAAAAUUAUAGAGAAAUCUAAUAAAAGAAUGGAAAGAUAAUUGAUGUUUAUUUAAUUGAUAAUUAAUGUGAAAAAAUAUAUAUUUAAGAAAUUACAAGAGCUGCUGAAAUAGUUAAAGUAUUAGCUUAAUAGAUGUAAUUAAAAUAUUAUUAAGAUUUCAAAUUGAUAUUAGAAGAUAAAUAUCUAAAUAGAAGAGUAAUUGAUGAUGAUGAAGUAAUAUUGUAAUUACAUAAAAUAAGUGUUAAUGGGAUCUUAAAUUCUUCAAUAAAUAAAAUAGAAUAAUUUUGGACAAAUAGUAAUGAAGAGAAAUUAUUAUUUAGAAAAGUAAUAUAUUUAGAUCCAAAAUAUGAAUUUGUUGAAAUUUAUUAAGAUUGGGUGAGAAUGUAGUAUCUUGUACUUUAAUUCUUUGAAGAAAUUAGAGAACUUAAAUUCUUACUGAAUCGCUAAAAGUUGUUUCUUUAUAUAGCAUUUUAUCUUAUUAUAAAGAAAUAGGAUGUGAAAUAUGAGAAUAUUUAAAAGUAUUUAAAAAGUGAGAUAUUUGAUUAAAUAGAACCUAAAGAAUGGGAAAUGGAAGUUAAAAAAUACAUUACUCAAAUAAAUAGUUAAUUAUUAUAAUUAGAAACAGAAAAGAAAUCUAUGGUAUAUUUGUGUUAGUAUCAAUUUCUGAAAAACAUUUAUUAUGAGAAAGAGGCUACUAUGAAUAUAUAUAAGUUGGAAGUACAUAGAGAAUUAUAAGCAACAUUCUCGAAAUUGAAAAUUCUUGAUAUCAAGGGUAAUAUCUAUAUUGGAUUGUCUUAAUAAAAAAUCUCUUUGUUAACACCUUUAGACAAAAAAGUAAUUUAGGAAAUAUAAUACCAAGAGAUUGAUAAUAUAUAAUCUUUUCCAAAUAAGUUAGUUAUACGCACUAAAUAAAAUAAACCUGAAAAAGGAUGGAAAUUCAUUACUUUCUAAAGUUUUGAGAUCAAGAUGUUGAUCAAUUUUUAUAAGGAAUUGAGUUUGAAUGAAAGUUGA